UAAACAAAAUAUUUUCAGAGGAAAUCUGUCCAUGAGGUUAGCAGCAUAUUUGCACGUGAACUAUGAAGAAGACGAUUUGCUGCCUCUACUUAUUGUUGUGUUCAACUUGAUUCCAAUCACCAUCUUCUUGGCAGUACUAUCAUUCACGAUUGUGAUAAAUUUUGGAAUCGCCUUCAUAGUAGAAAUGAUUGCUCUUCUGUUGUGCCUGGCCUGGUUGAUUCCAUGUGUGAUCAUUUGCACAGUGUCUGCAUUAGUGCUUUGGCAAGCAAUCCAAGUAAGUCGAUUCAUAAUCGGCGCCUACAUCGAUCGGAGCCUCAGUGGAAGUAUACCGCCCAACAAAGUGCACUGAUAUCUAAUCAUCCUCGCAGAUAAUGCUCAUGCUCGUUUUCACGGCAACUUAACCGAUCUCUGUGUCCUGGUUACUUUUUUCUCUCAUG